CAAACAUCCACACACCUCAGAAUUCAAAUUUCAAAAAUUCAAAAACUAAAACACCCCCCAUAAAGCCAAAACCUCCCCCACCUCUCUCUUCCCCUACUCUGUUCCUCGGACUUGGAGCUCCCCAUUAUUCACACACUUUUCUUCUUCUCCGCUUCACUGUCCCAACCUUCUUUUCAAACAAAACAAGCCCCGCUCCUUCUUCCACAUUUCAUGUUCGUGUUUUCGACAAUGCAGCUGACGAUCUUGUCGUGAACUCUUGCUUGGCUGUUUCUCCACAGGGAGGGAUCACUCUCUGUGUGUGCUUUUUUUCCUUCAAGCUUCAUAUAUACAAUAUAGAAUGAAGGAGGAUAACCCAUCUGACAACAGAGGGGGGAAACCAUCUAGGUUUGCUGAUCAGAAUCACAAUCCCAAUCCCAAUCCCAAGUCUCUAAAUCACAAUGCCAAAGGAACCACUGGGAAUGCUUCCAAAUUCAGGGCUGCUUCUUCCUGGGGUUCUCACAUUGUCAAAGGUUUCUCCACAGACAAGAGAACUAAAACCACUCUCCAACCCAAGAAACCACCUCCACUUGCUACUUCGGAUUUCGCAAAUCACAAGGACAAGCUCCCUCCUUCCCAGUCUCGCAUCAAGCGUUCGCUCAUUGGGGAUUCACCCUGCUCUCCAAAUCCUGCUCAACUUCAUCCACACUCUUAUCAGACCCACCGCAGGCAGUCGUCUCGGGACUUGUUCCUCGAGCUUGAUCAGCUUAGAACUUUGCUCAACGAAUCUAAGCACAGGGAAUUCGAACUUCAGAACGAACUUACAGAACUUAAGCGGAAUACUAGAAAUUAUGAACUGGAAAGGGAACUUGAGGAAAAGAAAGCCGAAUUAGAUGCUCUUACUCGGAAACUUAAUCUAUUGGAAGAAGAUAGAAGAUCCCUGUCCCAGCAAUUGGUAGCUUCAUCCUCAAUUUCUGAGAAGCAAGAAGAGUCCCAGACCGCACCUCUAAACAUAGAAGUGGAAGUUGUUGAGUUGAGACGCUUGAACAAGGAACUCCAGCUUCAGAAGAGGAAUCUCGCUUGCAGGCUUUCUUCUGUGGAAUCCGAGCUGGCUUGUGUAGCCAAAAGUUCCGAGAGUGAAGGUGUGGCAAAAAUCAAAGCAGAGGCAUCUUUGCUGAGACAAACAAAUGAAGAUUUGUGCAAGCAAGUGGAAGGUCUGCAGAUGAGCAGAUUAAACGAGGUUGAGGAGCUUGCAUACCUUAGGUGGGUCAAUUCCUGUUUAAGGAACGAGCUUCGCAAUUCCUGCCCCUCCGCCAAUUCCAACAGCCCAUCCAGCCCUCAGACAAUUGACAGGACAAGUGAAGCUGUUGGUUCAUUGUCCAGCCAAAAGGAGCACACGGUGGAUUGCAACAGUGCAAAGAGAAUAAAUCUAAUUAAAAAGUUGAAGAAAUGGCCUAUUACUGAUGAGGAAUUGUCUAAUUUAGAUUGCUCGGAUAACAGUCUUGUAGAGAAAAAUUGGGUUGAUGCAGAGGAAGGAAGAAGCCCCAGAAGAAGACACUCCAUUAGUGGAGCCAAGUGCUGGGCCGAAGAAUUGGAGCCAAACAAGCGGAGGCAAUCUGAUGGGUUUAUAUGUGCAAAAGAGAUGGAUAAAGAGGCAGAUCCUCUUUCCUCUCAGACUAAUAGGAGUUUUGUCUCCUUGGAUGUGGAGAAACGAGCCUUGCGUGUACCCAAUCCCCCUCCGAGGCCUUCUUGCUCAAUUUCUAAUGAACCCAAAGAUGAAAACACAGCUCAAGUCCCACCACCUCUGCCGCCUCCUCCUCCGCCCCCUCCUCUUCCAAAGUUUGCUGUGAGGAGCGCCACGGGAAUGGUGCAACGAGCUCCACAAGUUGUUGAAUUCUACCAUUCACUUAUGAAGAGAGAUUCUAGAAGAGAUUCUUCCCAUGGAGCCAUGUGCAAUGUUCCAGAUGUUUCAAAUGUCCGGAGCAGCAUGAUUGGAGAGAUUGAGAAUCGAUCAUCUCAUUUGCUUGCCAUAAAGGCAGAUAUUGAGACCCAGGGAGAGUUUGUAAAUUCACUGAUAAGAGAGGUCAACAAUGCGGUGUACUUGAACAUUGAAGAUGUUGUGGCAUUCGUGAAGUGGCUUGAUGAUGAACUUUGCUUUCUGGUGGACGAAAGGGCAGUUCUGAAGCACUUCGAUUGGCCAGAGAGGAAGGCGGACACAUUGCGAGAAGCAGCCUUUGGGUACAGAGAUGUAAAGAAAUUGGAAUGUGAAAUCUCAGGCUACAAAGAUGAUCCCAGAUUGCCUUGUGACAUUGCUCUGAAAAAAAUGGUUUCUUUAUCAGAGAAAAUGGAACGUAGUAUUUACAAUCUUCUCCGGAUGAGAGAAUCAUUGAUGAGGCAUUGCAAAGAAUUCCAAAUUCCCACAGAUUGGAUGCUCGACAACGGGAUCAUAAGCAAGAUAAAGUUGGGUUCGGUGAAGUUGGCAAAGAUGUACAUGAAGAGAGUGGCUAUGGAACUUCAGUCAAAGGCUUCAUCAGAGAAAGAUCCCGCGAUGGAUUACAUGCUUCUUCAAGGAGUAAGAUUUGCGUUCAGAAUUCAUCAGUUUGCAGGAGGGUUGGAUGCUGAUACAAUGCAUGCAUUUGAGGAUCUUCGAAACUUGGCCAACCUUCUGAACAAAAAGUGAAAGUUACAGGACAAAUGGAAAUCAAUUAGCUUUGGUUUACUAACUCGGUAAGCAGCUAGCUAGCAUGCUGGCAAAAUACAUUCAUCAGGUCAAGUGCCAUGAGUGCUGUUGGCCUUUUUUUUUUUUUCUCUCUUAGUGGGAAAGCUUUGCUCUAAACCCAAUCAAUCGGGUCUUAAAGCGAACUACAUUUUUGUCCUCUGCCAUCCUUCCUCCUCCUCUCUUAAUGACGAGCUCCUCCGAAGCAGGCAGGCAGACUGUCAGAAGGAGGAAGAUAGUUUUAUUACAUAUUUAUGUAAAUUGAAUGUUAGAUUGGGAUCAAAUUCUUAUUGAAUGGAAUGUUUUCUCAGGUUAGCCUUGAUUUCUGAGUUUGUAAGUAAGAUUGGCAUGUUUGGAAGAAUAUCAUAAACAGGUUUCUAGUUUCUAUUAAA